AUUAUCGAAGUGUUGUACUCGAGCAUUUGGUUUAAUUGUUUGAUUUUUUUAUUCUCAAAGAAUUCAAAAAAUUAUGGGAAACCUAUUAAUUUAGUGAUCUUAUUAAUUAUGUUGUAAAGAUUCUUGCAUUUGUCGUUAGUACAAAAUGUUUUGGAUCUUUGAUUCUACAACUUAGUAAUUGGCAUUUGUAGCAAAUGAAUAUAUUCAGUUAUUAAUAAAGACAUGGGGCUACUUUCUGACUCUCUAGUGGUUGAUUUUGGUCAUCAAAAUAGAUCCAUAAUUUUGUUCUAUGCAUUUGUACUAACAUAAUUUCCUGGUGUUUUAGUUCACUCACAAUCUCAUGUCUUUGGAAACUCAACCUUGAAAAUGACGUAUAAAGAAACAAUUUCUGGGAUAAUAUAUCUUUGAACUUGAAUCUAUAAAUUCAUCCUGCUUGAACUAAUGGCAAUCACCUCUACAAGUUUUCAGAAAACCCCAAAUAGAGCUUAGCCAUCUCCUUUUUGCUGAUAUAUCCAAUGGGUGUCACCACUUACAGUGAUGAGUUCACUUCCCCAAUCCCUCCAGCCAGGCUAUUCAAAGCCUUGAUUGUUGAUUCUCACAAUCUCAUCCCCAAACUCAUGCCAUUGGCCGUUAAGAGCAUUGAAAUUACUGAAGGUGAUGGAGGAGCUGGAAGCAUCAGGCAGAUCAACUUUGCUGAAGGUAGCCAAGUUAAGUGCAUGAGGAACCGGAUCGAUGAGCUCGAUGAAAAGAAUUUUUCAUACAAAUACAGUUUGAUUGAAGGAGAUGGAUUAAUGGAUAAGCUGGAUAAAAUUACGUACGAGGCUAAGUUUGAGCCAACAGCAGAUGGUGGUAGCAAAAACAAGAUGACAAGCACUUACUACACCAAGGGUGAUUUUGUGCUUACUGAAGAGGAAAUCAAGGCUGGCAAGGAAAAAGCCUUGGCUAUGUACAAAAUUGUGGAAGGCUAUCUCAUUCAGAACCCUGAUGCUUAUGCUUAAUUGAACUCUGAUAUUUAUGUGUGUUAUGCUCAUGGGGUCUUCAAUGGUUGCUGUGUUACUCUACUCUAGCUUUUAGCUUGGGUCUGGCUAUAGUUGCCUUAAUUAAUAAAAUUUGAAACCCAACACAAUUCUUGGUGUGGGUUUAGUUGUAUUGUUUUCUUCCUUCAAUGUACAAGGACACAUAUAUUGUUGCCCAUCUUGUUUGAAUGUGAUAAAAUUAAGAAUAUUAUGCAAGGAAAAAAAUUAC